AUGGUUCCCAAGAAGAUCAAGAGUAAGCGUGUCCGCACUGCACACAAGCAUAGAAUUUUGGGUCGUAUUAGAGAUCAUCAUCGUAAGGAACGUAGAGCAGCAAGAAAGAAUCCCGGAAAGCACAACAAAACCAAGAAGGACCCCGGAAUUCCCAAUGAAUGGCCCUUCAAGGAGGAGCUUUUAAAUGAAAUCCAAGCACAAAAGAAUGAGGCUGAAGAGGAAAAGUUAAGAAAUAAGCAAAUACAGCAAGCUGAAAGAGCCAAGGCAAAGAAAGCAGCAAAGAAGGCCGAGGUUGCCGAGAACAUUGCUGCUGCAAAAGCUGCUGCUGCCGCUGCUGCCAGAGCUGCAGUUGUAGUGGAUAAAAAGCCCAAGAAGACCAGCAAAAAAUAA